CACAGACAUUCGACUUUGUGUGUGCUUGCGUGUGUGUGCACUUCCACCUCGAGCGCCUGUGCAUAGCCUCCGUGUUGCUUAUAAUUACGCGUUUUCAAGAAGUUUAUAUUUAUGUACAUGCCUAUAGCCUACGUUGUUCUCCAAAUACUUUAUUUUAAGUACAAUUCCUAACCUUCGUACGUUUGUUUACUUGGUGAAUCAUAUCAGCUCCAGCUCCAUUAAAAAUUUGGUUAGCAGCCUCGAGCCGUUGGAUCCGACGUCCAUGAGCUAUUUCUUUGUGCUCGUUCAGCAUGUUUCUCCUGGCAACCGUGUGUUUUGUACUUCGUUUUACAGGGUCGUCUCUCGCUGCCUUUGAGGUGAGCGUCCUGCAGCAGAGGGUGCUGGCGGUGCGAGGCCGGCCGGUGGUUUUGGGGUGCAGCUACGCGCCCAGCCUCGGCAGUAGUCUGGAGUUCCUGGUGGUGACGUGGCAGAAAGCGGAGGACAACCUGGUCCUGCACAGCUUCUAUCAUGGGCAGGACCAGCUGGACAAGCAGAACGCCCGCUACCGGAACCGCACCUCGAUGUUCCGCCCCCUGCUCGGCGCCGGAAACGCCUCUCUGAGGCUGGACCGGGUCGGCCCGCAGGACUCCGGGCGCUACCUCUGCUCCGUCGACAGCCUGCUGGGAAAUGGCAAAGCAGAGGUGCAGCUGGAGUACGCGGGUGAGACAACUUCCUGUCCCAGAACGGCAGACAGCCAGGUGCAGCCAGGUAGAGCGUUCUACACCGAGCCCAAGCUCAACAUCCAGGUCCACCCCAGCAACAUCAGCCUGCAGUAUCAGAGCGAGGGGUACCCCGCGCCCCAGGUCCAGUGGAUCGACUCCGUGGGCCGCAACCUGACUGCCCGGGAGGAGCUGUCCGGGCCCGGGGAGGACGGGCUCCUGUCCCUGAGGACCAGCGUGACGCUGAAGGACCCCGGUCCCGGAGUCAACCUGAGCUUCACCCUGAGGAACGCCGCCCUGGGACAGGUGCUGGAGAGGCCCGUCUGCCUCAGUCUGGCUCCCUGUGACCCUGUAAAUGGGACCAGAGUGACCAUCCCGGUCAUUUGCGUUCUCUGCCUGCUGUGUCUGGUACUGGCGGCCAUCCUGUGCGUCCAACGCAAGAGGAUCGGAAGGCAACGUGGAUAAAAACGGAACACUCUUGAUGCUGUUGCCCCCCUUAAAAGAAGAAACCCUAGUCCGAAAAACUGCACUCCAUGGUACAACGAUACCACCCGGGCCCUGAAGCAGUCUACUAGAAAA